CACACAGCCUCCCUCAAAUUGGAGCAAGAUGUCACCAAGUGUCCCUCCAGGGCCCGUCCCGCCUGCAGCUGUCGAAGCCGCUGAUAGCAGCCGUCAGUGGCUUCGCGGUGGCUGGAGGCCUGGAGCUGGCUCUGCUGGCAGACCUGAGGCUGGUGGAGGAGAGCGCCGUCAUGGGGGUGUUCUGUCGCAGGUUUGGAGUUCCCCUGAUCGAUGGAGGCACAGUGCGGCUCCCGCGUCUCAUUGGACUGUCUCGAGCACUCGACUUGAUUCUGACUGGACGACCAAUCGGAGCGCAGGAGGCUCUCGCCUACGGAUUGGCUAACAGAGUUGUUCCUGAUGGCCAAGCUUUGCAGGCAGCGCUGCAGUUAGCAGAAGAGAUCAGCUGCUUCCCUCAGCAGUGUCUGCGGGCCGACCGCUCCUCAGCUGUCUACAGCUGCUACGACGCGCCCUCUUUCACUCAGGCCAUGCAGUAUGAGAUGGACCACGGAAUUCCUGUCAUCCAAUCAGAAGCUGUCAGUGGGGCAGCCAGGUUCACGACGGGAACAGGAAGAGGAGGACAAUUCUCCUAGGAUUCAGUUUGUCGAGGCCUUGUGACUCUCAGGUGAUCUCUCACAACUCGCUGCUGCUCCACUGCUCUCCACAAAUGUUUUACGUGUCUGAUCGAUGUUUUAUUCAGAUAGCGUGUUAUCUUAGCAUUCUUCCUACAUUUCAAAUAUAGUGAGAUGAAGUUGUGUGUAUUUAAAAUGUUUAUCAUACUACUAUUUAGGUUCUGUGUGAGUUUCAACUGGGAUCAAUAAGCAUAGAAAAAGCAAAUAAGACACAAAGGUAAAGUUAGUCUAACGUAUGUACUUCUGAAUAUAAAAAUGUAUAAUAUAAAAAUAUGUAUUGUUAAUAUAUCAGAGACACAUUUUGAAAGGGAAAACAGCUCCAUGUGCAGCACACACUGGUUUUAACUUGAAUGUUCUUGAUGCAAAACACAAAGGUAUUUCUGUUUAGCUAAAAGGUUGACCCAAGCUGUCAUUUUCUUUUUCAGUCUGUUCCUCUGGUUUCUUGUGAACUAUAUAAAUACACAUAC